GUCUGUGGCUUAAUAAUGAUGUUGAAAUGUCGAUUAAAUCGAGUAAAGUUAUCGAUAAACUGCUCGGCGCGAGUGCCUUGGUUGGCGGCACGAUGAUUCAACAUGGCGGCUUACCCCUCCUCCUCCUCGCCCCUCGCUCGAUAGUAGCCAGGCGGCCUCCAGCCGUACAGACGUCUUUGUAUCGUAACGUGGCAGAAAAAUGGACAACAUUCUAAUAGAAGCAGUAUCUCGAAGAGAACCAAUAUGGAAUCCAGCCAGUGGUCUACAUAGAAAUUCCAAUGUUCUGAAAUGUCUCUGGCAAGAAGUCGCGAACGAAGUAAACAAAGAUGUAAAAUCAGUAAAAUCGAGAUGGAAAAAUCUAAGAUCGUACUACGUUAAGGAAUGUCAAAAACUUGACAGCAAAACACCAGAAGGAGAGGAACAGAUUAGUUCAUGGCAAUACUUCGAUGAUAUGCAGUUCCUAAGACAAACGCUGACGUCUCACAAGACUAACAAGCAGGAAGAAUACGACGGUGAUGAAAUAUACAUCACCAAUUUAGAUGCCAUCGCUAACCCUGAACCUCUUUCCCCUGGACAAUCCUCUUCUGAAACAUCUCAUACCACGCCAACAACAAGGAAAAGAAAGUUACAAGCUUUAGCAACGACAAGUGAUACAUUAAUAGAAUUGGAAAGGAAAAAACUAAAAAUACUCGAAAAUGAUAUAGCCAGAGGUUCUAAUGACGAUUUAUUGUUCUUCGAAAGCCUUCUACCUUAUAUGAAAGAAAUACCAAUAGAUCGAAAACUUCGACUCAGAUCUAAAAUACAAGAUUUAAUUUGUGGAGAAUUGGAGGUCGUGCAAGCGAUGCUGAGUAAUGAUGAAUAAUUUAGUUCAAAGAUUUCCAAAAUUAAAAAAAAUAACUGGUUACGGUGAAUCACAGCCCGUUGAAAUAACUGCGGGUCUAGUUAAAGUGCAUUCGUUUCGACGCGAACUUUCGAUAGGUCAUGUAAUGGUCACGGGUCAGUUCCAUACAUUUUUGAAGUUCGUUAUGGAAUCGCUUCGAAGCGAAUGCACUUUGUCUAGCUGUCUGGUACAAUUCAAUUUAUGAACCAUCAACUUUUAUUUAAAGUGGUAAAUAAAAGUUCUUACAUCUUCCUAGAAAUACACUUUAGUAAUCGAUGUUUUUGCUAAUGCUAAUGGUAAUGGUAUUAUACGCUGUUAAGUACUGGCUGUAAGUUAUCGACAAAAAAGAAGAAAAAGUUGAUCUGUAAUCAGUACUGGCGUUAUAUGAAACUGUUUAAUUUAAAAAUGAUGAGGAAUUGAACGGGAAAAUCGGUGAUGGAACAAUGCAAUUUAAUAUUUACGUGCAGGGCUUAUUUAAGUUAUGUACUUUACAGUAUAAAAUACGCUUAAGUUUUAGAUAAAUAUAACAAAUGUAAAAAAGUGGGUCACGUAAGUAACCUUUUCGAAGGUUCUCAGAUUUUUGCAAAACAUUUUUUCACAAAUUAUUCCUAAAAUGUAA